AUGUCGCAGCUUUGGAAGGAUUGCAUGGAGGCAGGCCCACUUGCCGCAUUGCCCCCGGACAAGACCCAGAGACUUGAGAAACGCUUCUGUGAAUUCUACAGCACCUUCAAAUGUUUCCGCAGCGUUCUUCGAGACCAACACACAACUCUGGAGUCGUAUCAUGAGUUCCAAAAAACAUGGGACGAGUGCGUCGAUUUCCUCUAUCAUAGUCGGAAAUGGGGCCUGGAGGGAGCAAUUCCUCAAGCAACCCUGCUGCACGAGACCGCUUGCUAUGUAUACAACAAUUCUGACCUAGACUUGCUCGAGAGACGGCUUGACUUGCAGUUGCAGAUAAUGCAUGCAAAGCUCGAUGACAUAUUCUUCAACAUCCAUCCAUACACCAAACAUGCAUGCUUUCACACGGCCGAGAUCCGUCUCUACGAGGCCUCCACCAUUGAAGAAGGGGACGGUGCGAAGACAUGGUGGAGACACGAGGGACGCAAGCCCACGUACAAAUUUGACUCCAAAGCCAUUGACACGGCGUUUCAAUGUGCGCUGCGUGGCAAACUUUUGAUACACACCCUGCAAAUUGAUGGUAUCAUUUCGGAACAAGGUUCUGAAGCUACAGCUCAACCGUUAAAACUGUGGUCGGAUAUUGACGGCCGCAGGAGAUCAAUGACCUUCUUAUUGCAACGAGAAAAACCAUAUCACCAUGUCGAGAUUUCAUUGCGGCUCUUUGAUACUUCUGUGGAUAUCAGGGAGAGCGGCAAGAAGGUUAAGCUACGAUUCGUUCCUCUUAAAUCCAGGAAAGGACGAAAUUCAGGCUCGGGGACCACCCUUCUCAGACGCGUGAGCUAUCGGCUUCGUCAUCCAUCCUCAGAAAUGGAGCUGAACUCCAAUCGAAGAGGCCUGCAUGAUAGUAUGUCGUCGGUCAAUGAGGAGGACGAGGAACUUCUGCAACAGGACACAGAACUCUUUGCUUCCUUUGGCUACCUUCAAUUCAAAUUCUCAGAUGCAAAAGAGACCCGCAGCACGAACCCUCCAAUGUCAAUUCCUCAUGAAAGUUCAGAUGGCAUUGAACCUCCAACUCUGCGCACUCCGAUUUAUGGCUCUCCGAAUCCGUCUCAAUCUGAGAAAGAACAAAUAAGUCCGGAGAGUUCCGACCACGCCGGUCACCAGUUGGCCUCGCAGAGUCCACUCGACCAGAGGUCCGGCAAUGAUCACACUCCGACAAACGGCUCAUCGUCAGCCCAGAGACCAAAAACUCUUCCACUUGUCAAGGAUCUCGACUACCGGGUCCGUGGUAUCAAGCUCGAGCAAACAGGCACCAAUAUACUCUCGUAUCUGAGCAGCAAACUCGGAAUUGAGUCGACUAUUGUUGGACGCGUCAAGGCCUUAGCUACUAGCCAGAAUGGAGACAAAGUAGCGGUUGUAGCUUGGCGACCACAGCCCAAAUGCCUGUCCGCGCCUGGUAAAGACGAGUGGGAAUUUGGUCCGACUUCCGACGAUGACACUUUACACAUCACCGUCGACACUCAUUUCCGCGGCGUGACGAUCCUGUACAGCCCUCCACCUGAGUUACCACAUACGAUCGAUAUAUGUGCCGUGGCCGGUCUGGGAGGCCAUGCCUGGGGAUCAUUCAAACACAAAGGUGAAGCUCAAUCUUUCAUGUGGGUGUUGGAUGGGCUUCGAGAGAAGUUCCCCACAGCUCGACUCAUGACCUAUGGAUCCAAAACCAAAUUGGAUGGCAACGAAUCAACCCAGACCUUGGAAGACCUGGGCAAACUGCUACGAGAUGAAAUGCGUAGUGUCACGAGACGUCGAGCUCAGUCGGCCCUCAGCAAAGAGUCAUGCUCGACGGGCCCAUCCUUUUCCGUACCGUCCAUCUUCAUCGCUCAUAGUCUGGGGGGUCUGACUGUCAAAGAGGCCUUACUCCAGGAGAAGACGAAUCCGGACAAGGGGACCUUUAUAAGUAACCUCAAGGGGGCACUCUUCUUCGGCGUGCCCAGUCACGGCAUGAACAUUCAAGUCCUUGAAGCUAUGAUCCGUGGCCAGCCUAAUGAACUUCUCGCGGAAGAUGGACAAUGGAAAAUGGAUGGACCUAAAACCUUCCUCGUGGCACGCAUCUCUGCGACAGAUGGCGGUCUAUGCAACUCAGAUUAUGUGGAUACCCGCGGCCUUAAUCGCAAUCAUUCAGAUUUGGUGAAGUUUAGCAGUCCAAACGAUGCGGAUUAUCGGCGAGUCUUGGAGGAUUUGGAGAAAAUGGUCAAGCACUUUCAGAUACGGACAGAUGUAAGUGGUUGA